AUGUUGUAUUACUGUAGAGUUAGUUCUACCGUUAAAGAUGGAGUUGCUAGACUUAUGAAUACAUUGUGUUCUGCAGGGUUAUUGGCUAUUCCAUAUAUUUAUCGACCUUUUGGUCUAGUUACAGGUAUUUGUAUGACUUUUUUUGUUUCGUUAUUAGCAUUGAUAGGAUUGUUAGUACAAGCACAAGUUAUACGUUAUGUUUCAUUACGUUAUGCUUCUUUUUUCUCUUUAGCACAGAUUACAAGUCCAAAACUAGGUAUAAUAUUUGAUUUUGCAAUUGCGUCACGCUGUUUCUGUAGUUGUGUUAUUCAUCUUUUGGUCAUACGUGAUCUAUUACCUGUACCUUUUACAUCCAAUAGUGAGUCAAUGACUGAGUUUCUUUUAAGUCCCCGUAUACAAUUAACUUUUAUUACAGUGAUUGUGAUUAUCCCAUUUUGUUUCUCCAGGAAUGUUUGUGUUACUAAACAUUUAAUGAGACUGAGUAUUAUGGUGCUUGUAUAUUUUGGAUGUGUCAUAACAAUAUUAUUUUGGAUGAAACCUGGUGAUUUAAAAGAUUACAGAGGUAAAAUAUCUAUUGGAAUACCACAUAAUAUUAAUGAUGAUGACAAUGACGAUGACGAUGAUUCAAAUAUGUUAAAAUCGAUGGCUUUAUUGAUAUUUGUAUUCAAUAGUCAUCAUCAUAUGUUUGCUAUGAUAAAUGAACAAGAGGAAAUAAGAUUUUGUGAAGUGAAAAAAAUAGCUAUGAUAGUAAGUUCUAUUCAAUUUUUCAUUGCAUUAUUUAUCGGCGUCGUAGGCUAUUUGACGUUUGGCAAUAAUGUUUCUGAGAACAUUUUAUGCUUAUACCCAGCAUUAUGGUCCGUAUCUAUUUUAAAAUUUUUUUAUAUUAUUUUAAUGAUAAGUUGUUUCCUAUUCCAGUGUUAUCCAUUGAGAGCAUCAUUAAACCGAAUAAUAAAUUGGAUUCAAAAUCGUUUUUAUAAUAAGGCUGUAGGAGAUACCUUUAAUGACCAAUCAAGAAAUAGUGAUGCAUCAGCUAUCACGAUGGUGUACGAUCAAACUACACCUUUACUUACUUGUGAGGGACAUACUAUUCCAAUUGAAGAAUUAGUAGAGGAAGGUUCCAACAAACAAUUGGUAAUUAUGCCAAUGACAGAACGUAAUUUCAAAAUAUAUAGUAGUGCUAUACUUAUAUGUGCAUAUCUUAUAGCAAUGACCAAGAUCACAAUGAUAAGUGUGUUAGUAUUUGUUGGGUCAACAAGUUCGGCAGUGAUAUCAUAUAUUCUACCGGGAAUAUUUGCAUAUCAAUUAAUUGGAAUUGAAUAUGAAUCCUUCUGUACAAAACGACCAUUCAUAACUUCGUUUUUCAAAUAUGCUGGACUUUGUUUAGCAAUAUUUGGGAUAUUUGUGCUAAUGUUAUACACAAUAUUUAUCCUUCCACAUGAAAUAUUCUGA